CUCUCUGCCGCCCCCUGGUGACCAUGCAGAGUCUCUGUGCCGUGGUCGUGGCCCUUGCUGCUGUCGCCCUCAGCUCGGCCGACUCCGACACGCACAGACACAGACAUGACUCCCACCUGGAGAUCUACAAGUGGCUGUUUGAGACCAAGAGGAAGGAUCAGCUGAACGCGCUGAAGAACCUGGUGGAGCUGAACGACAUUAACCAGCAGUACAAGAUCAUAGACAUCAUGCUCAAAGGACUCUUCAAGGUGUUGGGGGACUCGAAGCAAAUCCUGGUCACGGCCAACAUGCAGCCGGACGACCCCUUCCCCAUGGACGGCAAGAUCAAAGAAGGUCUGCUUCACACUAUUAAGCCCACGGCGUUUUUCGGCGACGUGGCGCUGCGUUUCCCCCGAAUCGUCCACCAUUACUACGACCGGAACUCGGACUGGAGGGACCUGCUGCGCUGUGGCCUGAACUUCUGUAACCAGACGGGGGUUUUCACCGGAGGAGCCCACCAGCAUGUCCUCACUCUCAUGUCACAGGAGCUGGGAAUAAUCGAUAAAACGCCAGACUAUUUAAACCCGUACCACACAGAGAGAGACGAUGUGCUUCACACAGCCGAGGCUUUCCAGAAGAUCCUGAGGGAGGAGGAGAAGAGGAGGAGGAAGGAAGAGAAGAGGAAAGAAAUCAGGAAAGGGCCUCGUAUAUCACGCUCUCGCACCGAGCUAUAGCGCUGCACCUCGGCGCCUGUGCAGAGCGGCGAAGAGGAGGAGGAGGAGGAGAGGAAGGAGCAUCCGCACAGUCCACACAGCUUGACUUGUAGACUCAGAUGACAGUGACGGAAAUAAAAGCCGCGUCACUGGUUCACAAGCCUGGUGCUCUGUUGUGAAGAAGAGAGGAAACCUCGAUGUGACACAACACAGUAGAACCCAGGUGGAUGUGAGUCUGACGAGGGUCCGAGUCGCUGUGCUCUCACACACAUUUGUAAUCGGAAAAUCUUACGUGGUGUGAAAGGGUCAAAGAUGAAACGGGAGUUUUAAAAACAAACGGGAAAACUCAUUUUUGAUAACU